CUAUAGCAAAUCAAAGCCAUCGAACAUAAGCAUCGUUUACUUCAGGAGAAACCAUAGUUAACUCCGCAAUGUAUUUAAAAGUGAAAAACUACCAAGACGGUGGAUUAGUAUACGAUACAGGAGAGAGAGUAAUGAGAGAUAGGGGCGUCGUGCUAUUCGGAAUGAGUCCUGGAAACCCAUAUUUCAAAAGGCACGUCAUUGAGAAGUACGUGGAGUUUCUUGGCCGAGAGCACAGAAAAAUUGUGGUUAUUGUUCCUCAGGAACCAUCGGAGCACACUUACCGGGCAAUGAGCUCUAAAGAUGCGGUCGGGCGAGCGAAGAAAAAUGCUGGUCGGUUACGAACACACUGCAAGAAAGCUAUCGAAAAGGUAUCUAGUAUCAGUAACCUCCCCGGCGACUUCCAUUUCGUGGACUGGCCGCGCGAGGUUGGCACGCACGAGGUGUACCUCGAGAAGCUAGACGACAUGCUGCGCCUGUACCGUACAAACGCGCUCUUCAGACAGGACGCAGCCAUGAUGACAGCAAGGGCGCUAGGAAAGAACCCCCGCGACGAGACCUCGGACGGGGAAUCAGGUAGGGAGAAUUUUAGCCUCCUCCGCAGGCGUCUCCGGUGGAAAAGUUUUUUUUUCUAUUUCGGGCUUCCUGUGGCGUAUUCCGGUUCCGAUUCAAUUCGUAAAAAUUCGUAGAAAAACACUCGAGAUGCCUGCGGAAGAGGCUAGAAUUGAGUGUUCGGAUAAAUAACUAUUGCUUUAGAGGGGAAUUGGUGGUGGCACAUCAUCUCUUCCCCCUUUCACACAACCUUCGUAGUCCCCUCUUUCCACACAUUAUGCUUUCUGCUCCUACUUUAAAAAAUCCGCCACUGUUAGUCCGGGUGCGGGUACAACAACAGAGGGUUUUCGAAUCAAGCACGCACACCUCAUGGUCAAUACACAGCGAUAGCCUGGCACUUCACAGCAGUAGUAGCAUGUUCAACAGGCGGCAUCGCGGCCUUUUUUAUCCUGCAGUUGUUCCUUUUUUCAGCUUCUACCCUUUCUAAUUACAAGUACAUUUUGAUCAGUUGUUCCUUUCUCUGUUUCUGUCAUGUCUAAAAGCAAGAACAUUAUGACCAGUUGUUCCUUUCUGUGUUUCUGUCCUGUCUAAAAGCAAGAACAUUAUGACCAGUUGUUCCUUUCUCUGUUUUGUCCUGUCUAAAAGAAAAACUAUUUUGAUCAGUGUUGUUCCUUUCUCUGUUUCUCUCCUGUUUAAUUGCAAGUACAUUUUGAUCAGGUUUUUCCUUUCUGUUUUGUCCUGUCUAAAAGAAAAACUAUUUUG